AUGCAUCCUGAGACCCCUCCGCGCCUUAACCCUCUUCUUCCUGUCCUUGAGCAAUACUCCCCUGCUGAGAUCGAGGUGAUCCCGAUCUCUUCUUCCCCAACCCUGCCCCCAGAACCUGUGGAGGAGCACUUCAUCGAGAAUGUCAUCUUCACGCUCGAGACCACUCCCGAACCCCAUCCCCAGAAUAUCCAAGACGACUACGUCGAGAUAUUCGGCGAGACCACUCAACACGCCGUUCUUCAGAACAACCCGUUUCGCCAGGUGGAAAUCGGUGGCCUGCUAGAGGAGGCCAUACGACGCUUCCUUCAUCGUCCCUCCACGACUAACAAUACUCUUCUCCAGCUCAUGGAUUUUCUCGGCGACAAUCCGGCCUAUUUCCCGCCGGGCGACCUCAUUCCCCGGGAGUUCCUGGAUGACAAGAUCCGCUUCAUACAGAGUAUCCUGCGUGACUUGUCGGAGGAAUUCGGCCCGCAGGAGUUCAACGUCCUGCAGUUUGUGUACUUUUGCAUGAUGCCCGCGGACAGGGUGCACCAGAUCAGUGCCGAAGACUGGGAUCAGAAUGAGUUCUACAAGGACAUGACUGCAGAGGUGGCGGGUUACCUUUCGUUCAUGGAUCCUGUUGAAAAGGAACUGGCUCUCGCCCGCGAUGGUCAAGUGUGCAUUCUCACGGGAGCUGCCGACCCCAAGGCCUGCCGCAUCCUCCCCUUUGCCACCACCGUCAAUCAGCACAACGCCAAGUCCUCCUGGGCCUUUUGGUUCACCCUGAAUGACUUUCUGGACGAGCAGACCCGCGCAGGUUAUGACUACCUGCUUCUCAAGGCGGGCGGUUCCGACAAGAGCUGGAACAUGCUCAGCCUGACGCCAGCUCUGGGAUCUCUCUGGAAGCAGGGCCACUUUGCGUUUCGAUGCGUCCGCAUCACCCCCUUGGACGACGACGACAAGGCCGUCAUCCGGCUCCAGUUCCACUGGAUGCCGCGCAACGACGUCAACCCCGAGGCCGUCGCCACGAUCACCAAGGAGAGCAUCCUGGAGCUGCUGCACGACACCUCUGGUCUCGACGGCCCCAGCGGUGCGGACGCCCGGCGCACGACGGGCCGUCGCCUUGAGAACGGUCACACAUUUGGCCUGACCAUGACGAUGGCUGAGGCCGUCCGCAUGAAGACUGCCAUUGACAUCCAGUGGGCCGCCAUUCGACUGGCUGCCAUCUCGGGCCUGGCUCGCACUUGGGAUGCUGGCAAUGAGGACGUCGAUCUGGAGUCCUUUUAUGCGGACAAUAUCCCUCUCACCAACUGA